AUGUCAGAGCUUCUAAUUUUGCAUGGAGCAAAUGUCAAUAUCAAAGAUGAAAACCAUAACACACCUCUUCAUUAUGCCAUAGCAUAUUCUAAAGAAGAAACUAUGAAACUUCUUCUUUCACAUGGAGCAUUAGAUAAUCCAAAUGAUGGGUCAGUUAUAGGCUUUGGCUGCCAUAUUGCAUGA